CACUGCUUUUGCGCCUGCUUUAAAUGUUAACAAUCAACGCACUGAGAAAAGACAAAAGAAGCGUUUGCCCUCGGCUCAGUUCUAUGACGCGCCCUCAAAUAGAUGCGAUUCUGACCAAGUUAAUGAUGAUGGCUGGCUGGCUCUAGAUGAAAACCUACAAUUUAGUAUUGACGACAACAAGAACACUUACAUUAAAGAUACAAGUUUGGCAAAUAACUGCGGCACGAUGAAUAACAAAGAUAAGGAAAUUAUUGUCAUCAAUAACAGCGAUAUUUUAGAUUCGACUAAGAACGAUGUCAUCAUUGUCAAUCCUCAGGAUAACAAUCGCAUUGCCGAAUCGAAUGUCGAUUUGGCUGAUCUGCUUGGCACUAAUUGGCCUACAAAUGCUGGUGGUGCGGCUAUGAUACUGAAUAAUAGAAAUCAGUUGACGUCAAAAUUAAAUGACAAUAAAUUGGAUAAAUUUGCAUCCACAACUGGAUCCACUUACGCUUCCUUAUUGAGAAACAAAGAUGAGGAUAAGAGGGAAAUUGAAUUGCCUGUUGAUGUCAAGUUUAAUGCACAUUCCGAUAUAAAUAGUUCAGACUUUGAGCGUCUAUGUGAAAUUCCUGGGACCAAACUUACAGUUGGUUCGCUGGUUGAAGUAUCUAAUUCAGAAUACGCGGAUCUAUAUGGUGUAAUACGUUGGAUUGGCAUACCGCCUGGUUCGUCGAAUGUAAUGGUCGGCAUUGAAGUUGAAGAUGAUCCCAAUAUAAGAAAUCUUUCUGCAUCUGAUGGCACUUACAACGGUGUUCGAUUAUUUCAAUGCCGCGAAGGCGGAGCUAUUUUUGUGCCCUCUAAUAAAUGUACAAAUGAUCGCAGAUUUGUAGAAGCGGAGGGCAGUCAUUCGACUAGCAGACUCUCCGCUGAUUUAGAGGCACCCAAAUUCGGUCAUGUGGAUUGUCCUACAGUUUUAGGCGCUGUGCCACCCAUAAGAGUGCGGAAUACAGAGGAAUUGGAAGACUUGUGUGGGAAAUUCAAAGGCAUACAGGGACAUCACAACUCCUGUUAUUUAGAUGCUACAUUGUUUUCAAUGUUUACAUUUACAAGUGUGUUUGAUUCCAUUCUAUACAGAAAGCCCGACGCACAGGACAUUGCACAGUAUAGCGCUGUUCAAAAUGUUUUGCGCGAUGAGAUAGUCAAUCCAUUGCGAAAAAAUGUUUUUACACGAGCUGAUCGGGUUAUGAAGUUGCGCAAAUUUUUGGACCAGUUGAGUUCUGUGAGUGGACUAACCAGUGAGGAAAAAGAUCCUGAAGAGUUCUUAAACAGCUUAUUAUCACAAAUUAUGCGCGUCGAGCCAUUUUUAAAACUUAGCUCCGGGCAGGACUCUUACUUUUAUCAGCUAUUUGUGGAAAAGGAUGAGCGUCUUACCUUUCCAACAGUGCAGCAAUUGUUUGAGCAAAGUUUCCAUUCGUCUGAUAUAAAGUUAAAAGAGGUUCCAUCAUGUUUAAUUAUACAAAUGCCUCGUUUUGGCAAAAAUUACAAAAUGUAUCCCAGAAUUUUACCUUCGCAAGUUUUGGAUGUCACCGACAUAAUUGAAGAUUCGCCUCGUCAGUGUUCUGUUUGUGGAAAACUUGCAGAAUAUGAAUGCCGCGAAUGCUUUGGAAGCUUGCAGGUUGGCUCUGGUCUUGAGUGUACAGCCUUCUGCCAACAUUGCCUUAAAACAGCGCACUUGCAUGCAAAAAGAGCCAAUCACACGUCAAAGAAAAUUUAUGUACCGAGAGACUUUAAAGUCAUGGCUGAUCACAUGGUUUUACCAAGGCUCUACAUGGAACUUUUUGCCGUUGUAUGUAUAGAGACCUCACAUUAUGUUGCGUUCGUUAAAGCUGGCUCUGGUCCUGAUGCACCUUGGUGCUUCUUUGACUCAAUGGCGGAUCGAAAGGGCGAAAAGAAUGGCUACAAUAUACCGGAAAUGACUUCAGUGCGAGAGCUUUCCCAAUGGCUAUCCGACGAAGGCGCCCGAGUAAUUAAUGAAACUGCAGUAAAGGACAAAGUCUUACCUGAACACGCUAAGCGUUUAUUUUGUGACGCUUAUAUGUGUAUGUACCAAAGCACGGAUGUUAUGAUGUAUCACUAAAAAUUUUAUACACAUUAAUACAUUAAAUAUGUAAUGUACC